UGUUCCAACUGUGUUCGCUUUUAUCCAUUAUCUAGAAGUCCAUUGUUAAUUCCAGUCAAACCUGACGAGUGGUAACAUAUCCUGGGUGUGUUGAACUCGCUUCAUAGUAGAGGUCCCACGAGUUUUGUUGUAUUGUGUUUGUCGACGUGUGAACAGACGAAAAUAACGUGAUGUGAUAAUCAGGUUCACGUUCUGAUCUGUGUGUUGUGUUUACGUUGUUUUCAGUCCCAUUGACGGUCACAUUGUUAAUCAACAUUGUAUGACAUCAUCAUCAACAACAUGCUGUGCAUCUGGAAGCUGAUCUUUUUAACUAUUUAGGUCGUCGACAGAUGUUUGUGUCCAGUUGUUAAUGUCAUAGCGUGCUAACGCCCGUUAGCGUUUGCUGUGCUCCACCAUGUUAGUGCCUUGCUGGAGGGCGGCGCUUCACCGCCUGAUGUUACAGGACCACUGCGUCUGAUCCGUCCUAUGUAUUUAUUAGAUAAUUUAUGUUAAUGAUACUGUAGCUGUCAUACCUCUGUGUGUACAUAUGCCCCCUGCUGGGCCGUCAAUGUAAAUACAGUCUGCUAUUCAGUUCUCUUUUACAUGUUUACUGUCAACAAACGGUAAAUAAACCCUUUAAACAACAACGAGGUGUGUUUGUGUCACAAAUAAGUAAAUUACCUCUCCCUGAAACAGGACGUGACACCACAACAUAAACCUGUUUGUAUUUUUCGAAAUGUGCAAGUUACAAGAAUCCGUUUGUUUCAAAGCAUCAAAGAUAAGAAAUUCAGCUGCAUCAGGUAAGUUAUUCGUUGAUUGCUUCGUAUGUAUCAGGGAUUGUAACGUAUGUAACUGGUUUUUGUUGUUUUUUCAAGAUGUAUUUGUUAAACUGUUCUAAAUAGUUUUUUUUCCCCACCUCAACAAGGAGACAGAGAGGCAAUCGAGAUAUAUGCUGAGCGAGGAGAACACGAGAGUGAGGUGCAUUCUCAGCGGUUGCGAGGAUCUAAAGCUCAAGAUCAAGUACAGUCAUGCCUCUUCACAGACUCACAUUCAUGCAGUAACUGCAGUCAUGAUUCCAGCUGUCAACAGGAGUCAAGACUGAGGAGACAAUAUAAUCAACGUAAUUUCAAAUAGUCAUAUUUCAUGUCUAGGGGUAUCUUCUCUUCUUGCCAUAUUCUGCUAAGGAGUGGGUGGAGGACUUCAACAGACAGUCUCUUUCCAAGCUUCAGGGGGUAUAUACCAUCCAGUCCUGCAGCUUUACCAUUCGGUGAUUUGAUGGUUUUACCAAUCUCUGCCUUGCUUGGUGGUCCGGUGUGUAUAUCAAGCAAUUCUGUUUGAGGUUCAACUUCCGGUGGGUCUGGUGGGGAGUUUUCAUAUCCUGCUUCGAUGCGGCCUCUGCCUCCAUGGUCAUAUCUUGCGAGUGUGGGGACUGCGGCGACUGCGACAUCCCUAGGUGCUCCGACUUCACAGGCGACCACAGGGAAUCAUGAGAGGACAUAAAUAAUUGCAGAGACAAAGACGAUGAUGUCACCUCUGACCGUGACUGUCUGCAGUCUGCUGCUCUGCUAUGACAUCAUCCACUGCGCAGUGUUCCUGGACCCUCCCUCAGCGGGUCAGAUCCUUCGCUCCUCCACUAGGAGGCGCCGUGCUAACGCCCUCUUCGAGGAGAUAUUACCUGGAAACCUGGAGCGGGAAUGUUAUGAGGAGAUGUGCUCCCAGGAGGAGGCGCUAGAGAUCUUCCAGACCAAAGAGACCAUGCUCGAGUUUUGGUACAGAUACACACAGCUGAACCCCUGUCGGACCAACCCGUGUCUGAAUGGUGGCAUCUGCACUAUGGAGCAAGAGAACUUCCUGUGUCUCUGUCCUCCACAGUACCAUGGCAAGACUUGCCACUUGGAGGUGUUGGAGUGUCGCUAUAAAAAUGGAGAGUGUUUGCAGUAUUGCACCGACCUGCCAGGGGGCGCUGGAGUGCAGUGUGGCUGUGCCGACGGAUUCAAACUGGAUUCUGACGGACAGAGUUGUUCCGAAGCUGUGUCUUUCCCGUGUGGUCUUCAACGGAUACAGACAUGGUACCAAGGACGCUCUCUUCGGGACAAUGCUACCAUGAGGACAGAGGACAACAGCACAGAGGACUGGGAUGUUCAUCUGAACCUCACGGAGAAAGAGGACAAGAGGACGACAGUGAACACAACUGGAAACAGCACAGCUGAGACUCGGGUGGAGCAAGGAGGCGGCGUCGAUCUGCGGAUUGUGGGUGGAGAUCUGGAAACACCAGGGGGGAGUCCCUGGCAGGUUCUGUUUCACAGGUCUGACGGUUAUGGUUUCUGUGGAGGAACUCUGGUCUCUGAUCAUUGGGUCAUCUCAGCUGCUCACUGCUUCGAAGAGUCUACAGACUACGUUACCAUAGGAGACUAUGAUAAGCGGCGUCCUGAUGAAGACGAGCAAGUGAUAAAGAUUCAGAAAGUCUUCGUUCAUCCUCAUUUUCACUCCUUCACCUUCGACAGUGAUAUUGCUCUCGUGCUCCUUGCUCAGCCUGUCCGCAGAGGUCCCACUGCUGUCCCGGCCUGUCUCCCCGACAACCACCUGUCCAAGUACUUGCUGAGGGAAGGCACCUGGGGCGUGGCGUCAGGUUGGGGUCUCACUCGGUACUUGGGCAGGUCGUCACGCUUCCUAAGGAAGGUGACGCUCCCGGUGGUCAGUUACAAAGCGUGCACUGCCUCCACUGAUCAGGUGAUCACAGACAACAUGUUCUGUGCCGGUUACCUCGACAAGAGCAUGGACGCCUGCAGUGGUGACAGUGGAGGACCCUUUGUGGUGAACUACAGAGGAACCUGGUUUUUGACCGGCAUAAUUAGCUGGGGAGAAAGAUGUGCUGCUCAGGGGAAGUACGGAGUUUAUACCCGCCUGGGAAACUACCUGAGUUGGAUAAGAGACACCAUGGAGAGAGUGGAUCUAAACGGAACCACGAGCUGAAAGAGGAAGACUGACACUGAAAACUGAUGAGGCCCGAAGCAAACUGAUGUCUCAUUAAUCAUUCAACAUUAAAUCACGUUUGAAUUUUAUGUAGCUGAUCCAACCAAAAACUAUACUAUACUAUAAUCAUUGACUGUUGUGUUUAUUUCAAAUGACUGUAAAUACAUUUAUGUUUGAUAACAUGGUGUAAUAAUGUGUUUUUUUGUUACUGGUUUAUUUGACAGGGACAGAGCAUGUUAAUGAACAAACCUGAAUAAAUAGGAAAUGUAAACAUGCUGGAUUAAAUGAUUAAUGAUUGACUGGAUAGCCCACUCUAGUGGUGGCUCUGUUGCUAAUACUACUUCAUUAGUUUUUUAGUUUAGGUCUAUAUACAUUUUGUCAUCCACCCAUUUCCAUGUUAGGAGUUUCCAAAUCAGGCAAACUCUGCCCAAUGCCUGAUUUUUUUUAAAUGCCAAAAAGCGAGCUGAGAGCUGAGUGAGGGAGAUGCAGGGGCGUGAGUCUGGUAGUGAAUUUGACACCAGUUCUCAACUCACACUGUGCUUCCACUGGUGGAGAGAGAGAAUGUAAUGAAGUGACACCUCCAGCGUUUUAAAAGAGGGAGGAGUCUGGGACAACAAGCUUCGCGCUGAUUGGAUAAGAUGGUAACAAAGCGUGUUCCAGUGAAGCAAGAGUGGAUCAAACAGCCAAUGUUAAAAUUUGAAUGCAGUAGCUGGUGUUUGACCUGAGAGGCAGUAUGCUGAUUUUUAUCAUGUAUAAUUUCAAAUACUGUUCACCAGAGAUGUCAAACUCAUGGCCCGUGGGCCAUAUGUGGGCCCCCAAUCAAUUACAUGCAGCCCACCACGUUAUAUCAUGUUAUGAUUAAAACAUGGACCUCC